UCGCCUUAGUGCCAACAGGACGACGCGUUCGGGUGUCACAGAGAGAGAGAGAGAGAGAGAGAGAGAGAGAGAGAGAGAGAGAGACUGCUAAUGUAAAAUCAUACAACCACCAGUGAUGUUAGAAAAUAUCAGUAACUACUGCAGUACCGUUAUAACAAAAACACCAUAAUCUGUGCCAUCAUACCUAAGAAAGAAAGGAUAUGGUGGUGAUGGACGCCAACCUACUAAUCAGUGAACGAAAAAUUGUGUGACCUGAGAAAAAGAGCUAUAAACAGUGGUGGAAUGACGGGAAGAGAAACUCCACCUCCACAGCAAAGUGAAGUUACGCUGACGACACAAAAUAAACAACGCACAAAAUAAAUGCCAGGUAUCCAGUGGGGACCACCGCCGCUGCUGUCACGACCAUGCAUCUCUUCCACUGCCUGACCACCUGGUUCCUGGUUCUCCUCGUUCUGCUGCAAAGGAUACAAGGCGACGAGCGUAUGGCAAAGGACUGCCUUGAGUACAGCCUUAAUUUCAAUGACACAAGCAACAGAACUCCCAGUGUGUCCCUUGGGGAUGCCCUGGAGGUGUCCCUGCAGGUAUCGGUUAGCAAAGAGCUUCCAGUCACACAAAUCAUCUUAUAUGGAUCAGAGCCCCAGACCUACAUAGCAGUCAAUCAAGAAAAAGCGACGCUGAAUUAUGGCAAUGAACACAAACACCUCACUCUGGCCAGUGACCGAUCUUCCUUCUCCUGGAUUCAUCUUGUGCUGGACCCUAUUGGCGUGGACACCCUGCUUGUUUACACACCUGCUGACAGACUGAAUGCCAUCACCGCUAAUGUCAAUGUCGGUUUUUCUGUCUAUGUGUCCUCCAAUAAAGAAACUCACGUGACAUUCAAUUGUUUAUCUGGCUGUCUUAUCCGCGAUAAUUUAUCGGCUCUGAUUCGAGGAAAGGUGAAACUGCAGACACCCUUCACAAUGUAUGUUAACCCAAUCCCUCGCCCACCUCCUGCCCCACUUAAAUUGUCUAUCACCCCAAUGCUUACACUCACCCCCGACAAAGGUUUGAAUGUGACAGUGAACGCCAGCGAGUGGACGGCGGGCAAGUGGCACAGAGUUAAGAUCCUGAAAGCCGAGAACCACCAGGAAGAGAAAAUAGAGCAGCCCCGGAAUGGAACGGACAACGUGAAGGAAGUGCAGAUCUGGGUACACAAAGCAAACUACAGAAUCAGCCGACUCAGAGGAUUCAGAUGGACCCUCCACUGCGCUCCUGAAGGACUCAUCGACAACUUCCCGUCUACAGACAUCCCAGAUCCAGGAACCAACACGGACGGAGAUAUAUCAUCAACAUCCCCAUCAGAAAGCGGAGACGGAGCAGGACCAUCAGAAGGAAAAGAGGGUGACAAAUCAAGACGGAAGGGCGGAGCAGGAGCUGGGAUGGUAACGGCUUGGGUGAUGGCGGGCCUGGCGCUCUUCUUGGUAAUGGUUCUUACCCUCGCCCUCUGCACCAAGACGACCCAAUCCUCGAACCCUAACCAGUUCCAUGACUCCCAGCCUUCUGUGGGUAUUGUCUACUGCAAGGGCGCAAACAGGGAGCCGGAAGAGGACAGCGAGCCGGAGUCUCCCAAUGAGCUUAAGGUUCCUUCCUACCGUAACUCCCACAAACAGUUUGACAAGACUUUCAAGGAAGUGGAGGACUGAGACACACUGUGACACUGACCAAGGCAACAAAAACAACAACAACAACAACAACAACAACAACAACAACAACAAGCGAAAAAUAAUGACCACUGAAAAUGUCAGUCCCAAAAGAAAGGAAAAAAAAUACCAUUCAAAAUCGGAAAGAGUUGAAGUGACAAGGAGGACGAAAUAUAGAAGCAGGCAGGAAGUUCCAGUCAUUUACACACACACACACACACACACACACACACACACACACACACACACACACACACACACAUAGUUCAUUGAUAAAUGAGUAUCUAAGUGAUUUAUCACCAUAAUAGGUAAAAUAAUGCAAAGUAAUACUACAGAAUA